ACGAAAUUGCAUUCUUCCUUUCCUCCAAACCGACCUUUCCUACGGCCCGUUGUCAUACAAUGAAAAAGGUACAAAUAGGGCCAAUAUAGCAUCUCAAGUUGCGAUCGAUCUUCAUCUCCCCAUCUUUGUCACUAUCAUAAUGAACGAUGCACGAUCUUCCGUAUUUGUCAAGCUGGCAUUGAGCUUGGAGUGGUAUCAUAUCCCUCUAGCGAUCGCCAUCUCCAUUCCAGCUUGGAUCAUCUACAACCUCUUCUUUCAUCCUCUUGCCAAAUAUCCAGGUCCUUUCAUCGCUAGGAUCGGGAUACCAGGCAUUUGGCCGUUCUGGCAAACGUACAAUUAUCGAUUCGCAUGGGCAUUGGAGGAAGCACACGAUCGAUAUGGAGAAGUUGUGCGGAUAAGCACAAAUCAUCUGUCUUUCAACACAUCAAAAGCUGCUCAACAGAUAUAUGCACAUGGAAGUGGGGUGAUCUACCCAAAGACGACGUUCUAUCAAUCAUUCCAGGUAUACCGCAAACAACCAAGUCUUUUUAGCGAGAUUGAUUCAGAUAAACAUUCAGCUUUCAGACGAGCGAUCUCUGGUGCAUACAGUAUGAACAAUUUGAUCAAAUUGGAAGAAUAUAUCGAACCACUAACGCAAAAUUUCAUCAAAAGGCUAUCAGAAAAUCAGGCUACGACAGAGAAAGGCAGUGUUGUGAUUGAUUUGGCGAAAUGGUUGCACUUCUUUGCAAUGGACGCCGUUGGAGAGCUUGCAUUUGGUGCUUCAUUUGGAUUUGUGGAGAAGGGUAAUGAUGCAGACAACUUCUUGGUGGGUGUGAGCAACUUGUCCCAUUGGGGAAGCAUGGCGGGCUGGCUUCCCGCAAUCUCUCGACCGUUGAGAAAGUGGAUCAAGUAUUCAUCUGGUCAACCAGGCGGAGAAACGGUUGGAAAAGUUACUGAACCAUUGAUCAACGAACGAUACCGCUUGCUAGACAUUCAAUCAAAAAAGGACGAGACAAAAAUGACCAAAGAAGAGUUGGACGAUAUUGCACGUUUGGAUGCCAGGCAGGAUAUGUUGUCAAACUUUUGUAAGAGUAAGAAUCCUACGACGGGAAAUCUUCUCCAGCGGAAUGAAGUACUGCGGACGGCAAUCAGUGUGGUUUCUGCGGGAUCAGACACAAGCGCAACUGCUUUGACGACAAUGAUCGGCUAUCUGGUACGCAAUCCUGAAGUUCAUAAGGCACUUCAGAAAGAGAUCGAUGAUGCAUUUGAUGCUGGUGCCUUGACAUGGCCGAUUCAAUAUGCACAAGCAGUCAAGUUGGAGCUGCUGCAAGCAUGCAUCAAGGAGACACUACGAUUGCAUCCGCCCAUCUCGAUGUCAUUGCCUCGGGAAGUAUGUACGAAAGACGGCUUAGUGGUUCAGGGACACGUGGGAAAGCAGCAUAUCGUUCCUUUCGGUUGUCAAGUGAGUGUGGCUCCUUUUGUGCUGCACCGGAACAAAGACGAAUUUGGUGAGAAUGCAAGAGAGUAUGAUCCAUAUCGUUGGUUGAAUCUGAGCGAGGACAAAAGAAGGAACUUGGAAAAGAGUAUUUUGACCUUUGGCGGCGGAGCACGGCAGUGCAUCGGGAAGAAUAUCUCUCUGAUGGAAAUCAACAAGGCUCUACCUUCUCUGAUCCGUACGUUUGAUUUCAAAUUACCCGAUCGUAGCUCGAAUGAUUGGCAGGGAAGAGAUUCAGAUGGAGUAGAGGCUGAACAAGUUCCAUGGCGAUGCAGAUCAACUUGGUUUCUUGAAGUACAGACAUUCCCGGUACAGAUCACGACUCGAUCAAAUGGCGAUGAUGACUGAAGAGUGGCUAAAGAAGCUUGAUGGAUUCACGAUAAGAAAGCUCUAUGUACACUAGUAUUGUCUUCAAUCACGCUGCUCAUACCAUACCUCCACCAAAUCUGCGGCC